UGACAGGAUAACAAGGACGGCAGUGUUAUCCGGAUUUCUUGUACUUGUAAUUGAGAUGUAUAUCAAUGGGGGAUUCUCAAGGCUUGGAGCAUGCUUCGCUAAGAAACUCAGAUCAAGUCCAUAAAGUACACCAAAUAUCCUGCUGCACACACACAUAUCACCUCAAGCCAACUUACUAAAACCACCACCCAUUAUGGAGGCGUCAACCGUUACCUCGACCGUGACUAGUACCCACGAAGAUAUCAGUGGGAAGCUAUUGCCUAUUCCGGCCGAUACGCCUAGCUCGCAAAAUACAGUGGCCGACAACGGCAGCAGCUUCUUCGAGGAGGUGCAUUUUUUAGGCGACAAGGCGGGCAAGGUCACCAUCCGCUCUCCCCCGCGCUUCGAUAACAUCGAGGACCAACGUAAAUAUCAGAAGCAGCAUCUCGCCGUCGCAUUCCGGGUUUUUGCCCGCCAGGGCUUCGACGAAGGUGUUGCUGGCCACAUCUCUCUCCGUGAUCCCCUCAAUCCCGAGUACUUUUGGAUCAAUCCGCUCAGCACGCACUUUUCGCAAAUCCGCGUUAGUGAUCUUGUUCUCGUCAAUGAGCAGGGUGAAGUACAGCCUGAAGGCGCACAGGCGGCCAUCAACGGCCCAGCCUUCGCGAUCCACAGCGAGAUUCACAAGGCGCGGCCAGACUUGAACGCCGCGUGCCACGCGCACUCGGUGUAUGGGAAGGCAUUCUCGUGCUUUGGUCGGCCUAUUGAGAUGAUUUACCAGGAUGCGCUACGCUUCUACAACGACCUGGCCGUGUACCCGCGCUACGGCGGCACCGUCAUCUCGACUGAAGAGGGCGCACGUAUUGCGAAAUCGCUGGGCAACUGUCGCAGUAUUAUUCUCCAGAACCAUGGCAUGAUUACAUGCGGAGCGACGGUGGAUGAGGCAGCUUUCUUGUUUAUUGCUUUAGAUCGCUGUUGCCAUGCGCAGUUGCUAGCGAAUGCGGCAAGUGGACCUGGCUGGGAGAAGAUUAUUAUUGGCAAGGAGGAGGCCGAGAUGACGCAUAAGAAGAGCGGGAAUUCAAGUAAGAUGUGGCUUGCAUUUCAGCCGUAUUAUGAUCAGGUGGUAAAGAAUGAGCCGGAUGUUUUAACAUAAGGGGUAUUUGAAUAGGUUAUUGUUUUAUUUAUUUAAAGGGGUAUAUACAUAUUUUAGACAGUGUGCAGCGAAUCGUGACUCGGCAUGAUUCGCCCCGAAUCAGAUUCGAAUCAUGAUCUGAUUCGGGCUAUUUCUCAAUGAUUCGAAUCAUGAUUCGAAUACUUGCCAAGAUACAUAAUAUGUCCAAGCGUCUAGCGGUGAAGGCUUGUCGCCGUCCUCAAUAU